GCGGGAGAAUGGCUUUGGCAAAGGGCCUGAGGCCGCUCCAGGUCUUCUUCAUGAUAUUAACAGUGAGGUUAGCGUCGAUAUUUCUGGUACAGACUUGGUUUGUUCCUGACGAAUAUUGGCAGACAUUGGAAGUGGCCCACAAUCAUGUUUUUGGCUAUGGAGCAUUGACUUGGGAAUGGAAAAAGGGAAUUCGAAGUUUCCUUUACCCGGGCAUUGUAUCUGCAAUCUAUGCCAUACUGAAAUUCACCAGUCUUGAUUACCCUGAAGCUCUGAUUUUACUUCCACGCAUCUUUCAAGCUACACUGAGUGCGGUGGCUGACUACAGAUUUUAUAAAUGGUCAGGAAGUAGGAAAUGGGCUCUUUUCCUUAUCUUAACUUCAUGGUUUUGGUUCUACACAGCUAGUAGAACAUUGCUACAGACAGUGGAAACAGUCCUAGUGACUAUUGCCUUGUCUGUGUUCCCAUUCAAAGCAGGAAAACAGGGAUAUUACGAUAAAGAGGAUAACAGGUGGGUGUGGCUAGGAGUUAUAUCGGUGUUUAUUCGCCCCACCUCAGCUCCAAUAUGGCUUGUUCUUGGAUUAUAUAACCUUUUCACAACAAACCAAGGAAAAUGGCUGAUUUUACAGAAAUAUUUGCCAAUCAGUAUCAUAGGUGGAGGAAGUCUUGUAGCAUUGGACUCUUACUUCUAUGGGGAGCUGAUUGUAACUCCUUGGGAAUUCUUUAGAUACAAUGUACUGUAUGAUGUUUCAUCUUACUAUGGAACCCAUCCAUGGUACUGGUACAUAACAGAGGGUCUGCCUGUCAUUCUCGGAGUCAGUCUGCCUCUUGUGCUGUGGGGAAUCUACACAGUUCUCCGCAGACCCAAACAAAAUAAAAUUGGAGUUGUACUGCUGAUUGCAGUGGCACUGCACAUAGCAGUACAUAGCUACAUCCCACACAAGGAGGUGCGCUUUGUGCUGCCGCUCAUACCAAUACUGCUCUAUAUCGCGCAAGAUGUUGUGGUGCCUUGGAGUCGGAAGGCCAAGAACUGGCAGCUGUACGCGCUGGCGGGGCUGCUGGUAGCGGGCAACGCGCUGCCCAGCGGCUACUUCGGGCUGGUGCACCAGAGCGCGCCGCUGCCCGCCAUGGCGCUGCUGCGGGACGUCAUCCCGCACAACCAAAUAUAACGUAUCGAAUAUCUCGACAGCCACCUGCACAUAAACAUAACGGCCCGCUUCCUGGACUGCUCGCCGCCGCCCACGGGGCUGGCGUGCGAGUCGGACGCGUUCUACACCAACCCGGCGCAGUGGUGGCGGCGCGAGUACGCCGCGCGGCAGCCGCCCGACUUCGUGCUGCUGUUCGACGUGCUGCGCGGCCGCGUCGAGGCGCUGCUGCGCGGCUACCAGCUCGUGUACCAGGUGCCGCAUUCGCAGUUCCCCGAUGGCGAGGUGGGCAAGAGCAUCCUGAUAAUGGAGCGCGACACGCGGCGCGCGGUGGGCGCGGAGGACGUAUAACACAUGCUGUUCCUGGCGGCCUGCGACGCCGUCGUGCUGUACUGCUACACCAACUACGUGUGGUCCUUCCGCCCGCAGCACGCGCCCCCGCCGCACAACGCGCACCACCUGCACAACCACCACCCGCUGCAGUAGGUGUUGCCGGCUGCCGGCUGCCGGCUGCGAAACGAACUGCCAUCCAAGCUGCCCUAGCUGCUAUAUGCAAGGAACUGACAGGAACUGACGUAGGACUGCUAAAAUCUGCUGGAAGGCACUGGGUCUAGUUGACACCUAGUGCUGUGCUGCUGAAACGCAGUCCAUUGGAAACUAUUCCCGCUAAAAUGCUUUAUUCUGGGAAGUGGCACUCGGAAUGAUUCGGGUAGUGUUGCAAUGUGUCUUGUUGGCUUGUGUUCAAGUAAAACCUUGUGGAAUACCAGUUGAGAUUAUCAACAGAGUGACUGUCCUGUCCUGUCCCAAUGAGAUCUACUAUAUGUAUAUGUAUAGAUAUGAUAUUGUUACAGUGGGACUCUACUGUAUUAUAAGUGCAGCCGAACUAUAGCAGUAAGAGUGUCGCAGUCGGAUUGUCACAGUAGGCACAUAGCAGUUAGGUUAUUUUUGCAGUGGGAUUAAUAUAGAAGGAUCAUGCAGUGAAAGUAAUAUACUCAUAGCAGUCAGUCUAUUUCAUUAAAAAUUGUGGCUUUGGGACUUCUGUAGUACGUUUAAUGCGUUUGGACUAUCACAGUAUUGGUGUAGUAGACAGAGUACCUUUAAUCAUGAUUCGUAUACAGCAGUGUAGUUAAGGUAGUUUUCUGCAGUAUUUUUUCAGAAAUGUAAAACUACUGCAGGGAAUUAUCACUACUAUGGUACUAUAGCUGUUAUAGCUUUCGUAAUAAGGUUGUCAAAAUAAAUCGUUAAAUAAAAGUGCAAAGUUUGUGUAAUACUGUACCAAAAGACCCACCAAAGUGCAGUAAUGUUUCCGCACUAACAUCAACACCAGACUAAGAGAAGACAUUUGUAUAACUAUUCUCUUGUUUGUUAUAAGACACAUGUUUUUGACCUUUCCGUAAUUAUA